AAUAAUAAUAAUAAUAAUAAUAAUAAUAAUAAUAAUAAUAAUAAUAAUAAUAAUAAUAAUAAUAAUAAUAAUAAUAAUAAUAAUAAUAAUAAUAAUAAUAAUAAUAAUAAUAAUAAUAAUAAUAAUAAUAAUAAUAAUAAUAAUAAUAAUAAUAAUAAUAAUAAUAAUAAUAAUAAUAAUAAUAAUAAUAAUAAUAAUAAUAAUAAUAAUAAUAAUAAUUAUAAUAAUAAUAAUAAUAAUAAUAAUAAUAAUAAUAAUAAUAAUAAUAAUAAUAAUAAUAAUAAUAAUAAUAAUAAUAAUAAUAAUAAUAAUAAUAAUAAUAAUAAUAAUAAUAAUAAUAAUAAUAAUAAUAAUAAUAAUAAUAAUAAUAAUAAUAAUAAUAAUAAUAAUAAUAAUAAUAAUAAUAAUAAUAAUAAUAAUAAUAAUAAUAAUAAUAAUAAUAAUAAUAAUAAUAAUAAUAAUAAUAAUAAUAAUAAUAAUAAUAAUAAUAAUAAUAAUAAUAAUAAUAAUAAUAAUAAUAAUAAUAAUAAUAAUAAUAAUAAUAAUAAUAAUAAUAAUAAUAAUAAUAAUAAUAAUAAUAAUAAUAAUAAUAAUAAUAAUAAUAAUAAUAAUAAUAAUAAUAAUAAUAAUAAUAAUAAUAAUAAUAAUAAUAAUAAUAAUAAUAAUAAUAAUAAUAAUAAUAAUAAUAAUAAUAAUAAUAAUAAUAAUAAUAAUAAUAAUAAUAAUAAUAAUAAUAAUAAUAAUAAUAAUAAUAAUAAUAAUAAUAAUAAUAAUAAUAAUAAUAAUAAUAAUAAUAAUAAUAAUAAUAAUAAUAAUAAUAAUAAUAAUAAUAAUAAUAAUAAUAAUAAUAAUAAUAAUAAUAAUAAUAAUAAUAAUAAUAAUAAUAAUAAUAAUAAUAAUAAUAAUAAUAAUAAUAAUAAUAAUAAUAAUAAUAAUAAUAAUAAUAAUAAUAAUAAUAAUAAUAAUAAUAAUAAUAAUAAUAAUAAUAAUAAUAAUAAUAAUAAUAAUAAUAAUAAUAAUAAUAAUAAUAAUAAUAAUAAUAAUAAUAAUAAUAAUAAUAAUAAUAAUAAUAAUAAUAAUAAUAAUAAUAAUAAUAAUAAUAAUAAUAAUAAUAAUAAUAAUAAUAAUAAUAAUAAUAAUAAUAAUAAUAAUAAUAAUAAUAAUAAUAAUAAUAAUAAUAAUAAUAAUAAUAAUAAUAAUAAUAAUAAUAAUAAUAAUAAUAAUAAUAAUAAUAAUAAUAAUAAUAAUAAUAAUAAUAAUAAUAAUAAUAAUAAUAAUAAUAAUAAUAAUAAUAAUAAUAAUAAUAAUAAUAAUAAUAAUAAUAAUAAUAAUAAUAAUAAUAAUAAUAAUAAUAAUAAUAAUAAUAAUAAUAAUAAUAAUAAUAAUAAUAAUAAUAAUAAUAAUAAUAAUAAUAAUAAUAAUAAUAAUAAUAAUAAUAAUAAUAAUAAUAAUAAUAAUAAUAAUAAUAAUAAUAAUAAUAAUAAUAAUAAUAAUAAUAAUAAUAAUAAUAAUAAUAAUAAUAAUAAUAAUAAUAAUAAUAAUAAUAAUAAUAAUAAUAAUAAUAAUAAUAAUAAUAAUAAU